AUGCCGUACAAUACCCGCGCCCAUGCGACGGAGGAUCUGCCUCCCGCGAAGAAAGUGAAGCGAUCGCAUACCUCAUUAUCUCCCGAGCCUUCUACCGAGCGGGAAACGGUUUUGCGCGCCACCCGAAAUGGAUUAUUCGACCACACGCCACCUCCUUCACCCUUGGAUCGCGGAGCUGCGCCUAAGAUCGAUACCGAAGGUAUUAACGAUGAUAUCGUCGUCGCCGUGAUUGAUCAACUAGAGAAGACGGGCAAUCGCCCUCAUCUGGUAAAAGAAUUGGCCGCGGUUUUGAUUGCGCUGAAUGCGACUGUCGCUAAUUCUGCUAAUCCCGCUGCCCUCCUCUCCUCGCGCCUGGCUGCCUAUAUGAAGCGCUCAUGGACCGCUCUUGCGCCGUGCCCUAUGGCCAAGGAACUGAUUAAUAUCCACCCACGCAAAGUGUACUACUAUCUGACGACCUUCCCCCGUCAACCUAUUCCGGAACCUUCCGACGAGCUGGUCUCGAGCGUCGACGGCAAGAACAUUACGCCUAGCGUCUCGAGCCUGGAUCAGGACGAAGAAGAUGUGAUGGCGCGCCAACGGAGCCCCAGCCCGGAAGUGGACUUGUCCACACCCGAUUUUGAAGAAGAAGAGGCCCGUGACGCCGGUCGGGGAUCUCCCUCUGAUCAGUUUCCGGACCCAUCCAGCCAUACCCGCCUGAUGCACUCGCACCGCGCGGCCUCCCCGCCCCUGGAGGGCGACGAGAAGGAAUUCACUCAGACUGCCAGCGCCGUGCGGGAACGCGCCUCCGAAGAGAAAGCCAGCCGCCAGGGCUCCGCCGAGCGGGGACUUUCCGUUCUCUCCGAGGGCCUCAGCAACAUGGAUGAUGAGAUGAGUGUUUCGGAAUCCGCCGUGAAUGCCGAAUCCGUGACGCCCUCUCUCCAUGGUGAGCGCAUGUCCGAGGAGGAGUACAGUGAUUACUUCUCCCACAUGACUGCUGCGGAUCAGGAAUACCAGGACCUUGACGAAGCCGCUGCUGUUGCCCUGUUCGGUACCUCUCCUUCCCCCUCGCUCACCUCCCUCGCAUCGUCAGUCUCGUCUGGCACGAGUGCUCUUACCGAUGCUGGAGAAGAGCGGGCCGAGUCACUCCCGGCUGCUCCACAGAUCAGCCUUCCGACCGACCCGGAUGCCGCUUCCGUCUCAACCCUCAAGCGAUCUCUUGAUAUGUUGAACAGCGGCCUUCCGGAUGUCGAUCUGAAGAUGUCUGAUUUGACCGAGUCUCACGAGAAACUUAGUCUGGGCCCUCGGGCUAUGGCCGCCAUGGCUCCCGAGCCUACCCUGGACUCCUGGAGAGAGCUGCAGAACCCGGAGACCGUAGAGGUUGAUGAGCUCGAUGAGAUGUUUGGCGAAAUCUAA